GAUACUUCCAGUAGGCACCCGGCGGCAGCACGUGAAGUUACUUAUCAUUUCAAUUAUAUAUUCAAAUAUCAAAGUUCAUCCUGAGAAAAAUCUGACAGCAGCCUUAUCAAUGACUGACGUCAAAGAAGAGCAACAGAAUGGUGGGGACGGUGACAAGCUGGAAGAACCAACGGAGUUGGAGCAAAAGAUUAUAAGACAAAUAGAGUACUACUUUGGUGAUUCAAAUCUUAGCAGGGAUAGAUUUCUUCAAGAGCAAAUAAAGCUGGAUGAUGGCUGGAUUCCAUUGGAUACCAUGGUCAAAUUUAAUAGGUUAAAGGCAAUAUCUGAAGAUAUUAGUCUGUAUGCUUCUGCGAUGAAAAAGGCUAAGAGACAACUUGUAGAGGUUAGUGAAGACUGUCUAAAGAUUCGCAGGUUUCCAUCUAAACCCCUGCCAGAAAACACAGAGGAAAGAAGAGCUGACAUAAAAGCCAGAAAUAUCUAUGCUAAAGGUUUCCCACUGGACAUGUCAUUAGAUGAUGUGGUAGUGUUCCUGGAAAAAUACGGCCCUGUCGAGUCGGUGGCGAUGCGACGCACCAUCGAGAGGAAAUUUAAGGGGUCAAUUUUUGCACUGUUUGAGACUAAAGAAGCAGCAAAGAGUUUCUUAGAGUGUACAGAGAAAUUUAAUGAGAAUGAGUUGCUGAGAUUAAGCAAGGAAGGAUACUUUAAUAAGAAGAAUGCUGAAAAGAGUAAAAUGAAGACCAAGCCAGCAGGAGAUAAAAAGGAACCCGACAAUGAUUUCUCUGGAAUUCAGGACAAGAUAGAAUUUGGAAUGAUUCUACACCUGACUGGCUUUGCUGCAGAAUCCACCAGAGAACAUAUCAAGGAGUUGCUUACACCACAUGGCACAGUAGCGUGGGUUGACUUUUCUAAAGGAGAUAGUGAGGCUUGGGUGCGCUUUACUGGUGAUCAUAAGGCACAAGAAGUAUUGGAGAAGGUGACAACUGCUGGCGAGGGCAAACUAAUCGUGAAUGAUAGUGAGCUGCAAGGAAGUGUUCUGGAAGGUGAUGAGGAAACUACUCACUGGAAACAAAUACUUGCAAAGCAGGCUGAAGGCAGAGACAGGAAGAGGCAACGAGGUCGAGGCAGACGAGAUCAGGGAAGAGGUGGAAGAGGCGGAAGAGGAGGUUAUUACAGACGAGACGGGAGAGGCCACCGGGAUGACUGGGGUUCCCAAAACAAGAAGACCAAAUUUGCUGAUGGCGCUGAGGAUGAAAGUAAAAAGGUAGAAGGUGACACCGAAAAGAAAUCUCCAGAACCAGAUACAGCAAAGAGACCUGCUGGUGAGGAAGCUACUGCAGAAGAGCCACCUUCCAAGCAGAUUAAAACUGACAGCAGUGCAGCUGAAGUAAAAACAGAGUAACAGUGUUAUAUUCGCAUAUGGCAUCUUGUCGUAUGUGAACCACCUCUUGUGACGUACAACUUGUUAUUGUUGUUUAUGGUCUGUAAAUGGGAGUUACACUGUAGAUUUUUGCAUACAGCAUAUUGUAUCACAUUGAUUAUAAUGUAAUGAUUUAUUCUGUGUAAUGUGCUCGUACACAUUCAUAUCUUUAAUUUCAGGCUUACAUUGUAAAAUGUGUCACAAAAGAGGAAAAAAUCUAAAUAUGUUGAGGUUUAUUAAAAUUCACUAGCUUGUAGCUUGUGCUUAUUAGCUGCAGGGUAUUAAUGUCCAUACAGAAAAAAUACGACCAACUAGGCAAUACACAUGAUAAGUGCACCUGUUCACAUCGAACUUCAAUGUAUCAUACACACCACAAGUGCAUUUACACCGUUACUGUUGUGUUUUUUUGUAUUGUACUGUUAAAUGGUUGUCAAUAGUGUUAGGUGUUCACCAUGUUGACCAUGAUCGUGUAAUUGUUGGAAAUUGAAGCAGUCGCCAGAGAUUUUUUUUUUAAUUAAUCAGAUUUAAUCACAAUAAACCUUUCCAUUAUUUAUACUCAUGGCUCAUUGUGCGAGGUAACCUUUUUUUAGAAUGCCACGUGGUGGAUACAAACGAAAAACGGCAAGCAAAAUCGAUCGGCAAGUUUCUUUGUAAAAACGGUUUAUUCGUGCAGCCUAUUAGUGUUUCAUUUGUCAAGACAUUAGGGGAAACGCCAUAUCAUAACAUACAUUUUUCUACAGUAGUUUUUUAUCCUCAUAAUAAGCCCUCAGUUUCAGGUGAUUGUAAAUUCUGACCAUGUUUCAGGGGAAAAGGCUCCUAAAUUCUGUUAUUUUUCAUUGCUGUCAUAUCGGUUUUAUUUAAUGAUAUUGGAUGUGAUACAAGGUGUGACAAUAUGCUAGGCAAAUUUGGAGUAAGUUUAAACUAUCAGUAGUUUACGGAAUGUAACUAGUGGGUUUGUAAUCAAGAUGAUUUCCGUUAUUUUACGUUAGUACUGAUACCAAAACUGUGUACAAUUAUAAGUGCAUUCCAUAGUUACCAGCUCUGUUGUGAGUCGUGUGUUUGUCGUUUGCUGUUUUAUAAUAAAACUGUAGAUGUAUAGAAAA